AUGCUGCCGGCUUCUGCGAAACUUAUCAAACAAAAGAUAUUUAGACUUCCAUUCCCUCUUUUUCUUUUCCCAGUUGAAUUUAUUUGUCUGACGAUAUUUCUUUAUUUCUAUCUAUCUAUCUAUCUAUCUAUUAAUCGUGCUAUUUAUAUCUAUCUAUCGUGCUGUUUUCAAUAUCUCUCCAUCUAUUCAUCUAUCCAUCUAUCAGGCUAUUCAUAUCUAUCUGUCGUCUGUUUAUCUAUCUCAUUCUGUUCAUUAUCUAUCUAUCUAUCUAUCUAUCUAUCUAUCUAUCUAUCUAUCUAUCUAUCUAUCAUAUCUAUUUAUCAGGCUGCAAUUCAUAUCUAUCUACCGUGCUGUUUUCAUUAUCUAUCUAUCUAUCUAUCUAUCUAUCUAUCUAUCUAUCUAUCUAUCGUGUUUUUUUCAUAUCUAUCUCAUUUUGUACAUACAAUCUAUCUAUCUAUCUAUCUAUCUAUCUAUCUAUCCCAGUCUGUUCAUAUCUAUCUAUCUAUCCCAGCCUGUUCCUAUCUAUCUAUCUCAAGCCAAUUAGAAUUAGAAUUAUCACCGCAGUUAUUUAUUUAUCUUUCUCUCACUCUCUCUCUCUCUCUCUCUCUCUCGUGCUAUUUAACCCUCCUUUUUCCCUCUCUUUCUCUAUAUCUGUCUCUCUUUACGUGUGUUCAUUAUCUAUCUAUCUAUCUAUCUAUCUAUCUAUCUAUCUAUCUAUCUAUCUAUUAG